AUGGCGCCUUCUCUAAACACUCGCUCUUCCUUCACCCGUCCCCGGACUGGCGAUCGUGAUGGCCGGCCCAGCACGCUCGAACAGCCAGCUGGGGCCGACAUGCUUAUCCCGAGUCGCACCUCUUCCUUGCACUCCCGCAUAACCCAGCCGAUAUCUUCGACCUUGAACUUCAAACCCCACCUGCGGACGCCCAAGACUCUGACUCAUGCCUACAUGGUCUGCGGUGUUGGUCGUGAGCCGUCCCAAUGGGUCAAAGCUCCGGCUCUCGCUCAGGGCAAAGUCGGCCACAUGAAGGGUGCCGUGGGCCAGUUUUGGUUGCCCGAGAUUCUCGGCAGCAGUCCUCGUCUGGAGCAGGAUAACGAGAUUGCCCGUUCCCUCCACGCUGCCAUGAGGGCUUGUUUCCCCCACGAUGUCGAGAUCUGCACCGGAAGAAGCCAGCCUCACUGCGUUCACCACGCCUUCGUGCUGCAGCAGGACUCGUCCCACACCUUGUACGGCAUCUGCUUGCGAGUUUGGUCUCGAGCAGACGACAAGAGAGCCGAGACCAUUCGCGACCUGCGCAAGAGAACGGAGCCCGACUUUUACGACAACCCCGAGGAGACGUACUGGAUCCCUUACUGCCUCACCUUUCUGUCUCGCUACCCUCUCUACAACCUCCUCGGCGACUACCUGCGGGGCAUGUGGAUUCAUUGGAACAAGGCCACCAACCUCUUCCACGCCGAGGAGGUCUCGCGCAUCCUCAGCUUCCCGGCCCCGAGACUCAACGACCUGGUACGGAUCGACAUGAAGGACUACGCCUUGUGCUAUCAGUUCCCUUCCUCUCCCACCGGCUUCCAGAACUUCUCCAUGUGGCCGCUGUUCAGCUGCCUCUCCAUCCCCAACAUCGUCGGCGUCAUCGAGGCCGCCCUUUCGCCCACGCGACGAAUCAUAUUCGUGAGCCACUAUGCUGCCAUGCUCACCAUGGCGGCCGAGACUGUCCGAUACUGCGUCCGAGUCUACGAGUGGAGCGGUCUCUACGUGCCCGUCGUUUACGCCCGUCAUGCGCAGGAGCUUGUGCAAGAGCCGGGCCCCUAUAUCCUCGGCGUGACUGCCGAGUGCCGCUCCCUCUUCACAGCGCCCACCGACGCCCUGGUUGUCGACCUGGACCGCAACUUCGUGCUCACCAGCAGCCCCCCCACCGCCUUCACCGCGGCCCAGCGAAACAAGUUCGUGUCCCGGCUGACCCAGGCGUUGAACGGCGACGUGACGCCGGCCGGAGUUCCGCAGCAUCUCCGAUCCGCCUACGGCGGCGGCAAGCUCGUGCCCGCGGGCCAGAUCAUCGUCAUGCGCGGCGAGGUGGAAUCCAUCCAAGACCCGGAAUGGUGGAACCAGGACGCGGUCAUGGCCGUCAUGGACCACGUCUGCGAAAAGACGGGCCGCAACUCGGGCAUCAAGGCCGUCUUUGGCGGCUCCGUCAAGAAGCCGCUCAUGACCAAGGUUUCGAUGAGGCACCUGAACGAAAUCGUGCGCGAGAGGAACCAGUACGCUCGGGACGCUCUCGAGGCUUGGCAGGACUACAUCAACCUCAAGGGCCGCAUGGACAUGGAGCUGGGCAAGGUGAACAAGCGGAACAACUACCUCGUCGAGGAGCUGGAGAGCCUGAAGCAGCAGUUCCUCAAGUUCCAAUCCUUUGCCGAGCAGCUCACCAAGGAGACGCAGGAGCUCAAGGUCAAGAUCGAGACGCACAAGAGGGAGAACCGCCGGCUGACGGGGCUGAUUGACAAGCAAAAGGACGACAAUGCCCGCAUCUCGGUGCGACUCCACGGCACCGAGAAGCAGCGAGACGACGCGCUCGAGGCCCUGGUGCUUCAGCAAGAAAUCGCCGAGGAGCUCGAACGCGAGAGGAAGAAGAACAAGAAGGAGAUUGCCCAGCUCAACCACACCAACACGGCCCUGGUGCGGCAGCGCGACGAGGCCCGCCGGGUGGUGAUGCAUCUGCAGAGCCUGAUUGGCGGCCAAAGCCACCACAUGGAGCACCUCAUCCAGUCUCUCACCAAGUCGGACGAGCUGGUGGCCGAAAUCGAGGCCGUGUUCGACAGCGACGAGCAGCACGAGAUCGGGCACGAGAACGAGCACGAGCACGAGCACGAGCACGACGGCUCGGACGCCGCUUCGGCCGACGACCACAGCCAGGUCAGGCCGACGAGCCGCAGCAGCAAGAGGUUCUCGGCCGCCAGCUUCGCCGACGUGGCUGACCGUCAUCUCAAGGACAAGACGGACGCCAUUACCCACAUUGUGCGCAACAUUGCCGACCAGUGCCAGGCGGCCGUCGAGAGCCUGCAGCUGGCGCAGGACAGCGAGUACAGAUCCAGCCGGCGUCACAGCAACCUCUCCAUCGCCGUGAGCGAGGAGGGCCACGACGAUCGUUCCGUCGCCACGUCGGAUCAUGUCGACGAGAGACGGCGACAGCCCGGACGGACGUCGAGCAUCCCGCCGACGCCUGACUUGAUCAUGAACCGCAGCAGCACUUCCCUGUCCUUUGCUUCAGCCACGACCACCCCGGAGCGAAGCAGCCAGCAGUACAACCUGAGGGAUGAGAUUCCCACCAAGAUUGUCGAAGGCGACGAGGAAGAAUACGAGAACCACAGCGAGACGGGCGGGGCUUGCAACGAGAACGACGUGACGGCCAAGCUCGCCCAUUCGCUCCUGCACCGGCCGUCUGGCGCCAGAAUCAGCGCUCUGGGCGGCGGACGAUGA